AUGAGACAUCUCAUACCCUUGGACAGUUGUGAACGCGAUACUGGAUUUAACAAAGACGACAGCAGUCAAGAAGGCAAUCAAGGAUUGUAUGUUCUGCAAACAGAACACGGAAUAACAGGACCAUUUUGUUUGCCACCAAUGAUGUUUAUCCUAAUUCGUGGGUCAACUGGAUUACUCAGGCUACUCAAAAAAGGUGGAUUUGUUAAAGAAUAG